AUGCAUCAUAAUGCUAUUGAAAAAUGUAACAUAUUGUGGAAUGCUGCCGGACGUCCCAAGACAGCAGAAAUCAUUCAAGGUGUUUUAGGACAUACACUUAGCAAACCUGGCGUUACAAGAUGGAAUAGCUUAUAUGACGCUAUGAAGCAAAUUUACUCCAUCAAAGACAAGAACAUUCAACUGCAUAGAGCUUUGUGCCUCAGAAAUUAUAUCAUUGACCGUGAAUAUGAAUAUAUAAACGAAUAUAUCACAUGUUCAUGUCCUAUUGCCGAGGCUUUAGAUAUACUGCAAGGAGAAGCAAUAAUGUAUUAUGGACUUCUGAUUCCAUGUUUAAUGGCUUUACGCAAGAAACUGCAAAAAUUAGAGAACAUUCCAUUAACGUACUGCCAUGAUUUAGCAGCAGCAUACAGGCAAAGCGUUGAAAGAAGAUUCGACGAGUUUUUUAAACUGUUUUAA